UGACUAGUGUACAAACCACGGAUCUUGUUUCUCCUUGACCUUCAUCGAAGCUUAAGCUUCAUCUUCAAUAUCAAUGCUCGCUGGACGUCUGCGCUCUACCCUGCCAACACUAUCUCGUCGCUGGCAGACGACAGCGAGCACCACCGUAGAACCCCCACCCGCGAGCGGCCAUUCAUCAUCUGUCGCAGCCUCUAAGCUUCUCCGCAUAACUAGAGAAUCUGCGCUCAGAACACCAGGAAUAACAUGGCAAGAUGAGGAGUCUGACCGCAACAUCGUCGGCGGCCGCGAGACCCGCAAGAUGAAUCUCUAUCAAGCUGUGCGGGACGCACUCAGUAUCGCACUUGCGAAGGAUGAUACCGCAGUCAUAUUUGGCGAGGAUAUAGCGUUUGGCGGGGUGUUUAGGUGUACGAUGGGUCUUGCAGAAGAAUUUGGUCGCGAACGCGUCUUCAAUACCCCAUUGACCGAACAAGGAAUUGCGGGCUUCGGAAUUGGUCUUGCGUCCAUGGGGCAUACAGCUAUCGCAGAGAUCCAGUUCGCUGACUACAUAUUCCCCGCAUUUGACCAGCUCGUGAACGAAGCUGCAAAGUUUCGCUACCGAUCAGGUGGAAGCUUCUCUAUUGGCGGGCUAACCGUGCGCACCCCGACCAUGGCUGUGGGCCAUGGUGGGUUAUAUCACUCGCAGAGUCCAGAAGGGUACUUCAUGGGCGCAAGUGGUCUCAAGAUUGUCAUCCCUCGCUCCCCAAUCCAAUGCAAAGGCCUCCUCCUCUCAGCUAUCCGCGAUCCCGACCCAGUAAUAUUCAUGGAACCCAAGAUCCUCUAUCGUUCUGCAGUCGAACAAGUCCCAAUUGAUGACUAUGCCCUCCCCCUCUCCCGCGCCGAAACCCUCAUCCCCGGAUCAGACCUGACACUUCUCACGUGGGGCACCCCCGUCUACCACUGCGAAGCUGCACUCCAACUCCUCAACAACCCACCACCCUCCCUCAUCCCACUCAUUCCGGCCUCCCUACGCAAUGCAAAAGUCGAACUGAUCGAUCUGCGGACGAUAUUACCAUGGGAUGUAGAGACGGUGGUAGAAAGUGUGCGUAGGACAAAGAGGCUCGUGAUCGUGCAUGAGGCGGGGAUGACGGGUGGUGUUGGGGGAGAGAUUGCUGCUGAGAUUGGGAAGAGGGCGUUCUUGAGGUUGGAGGCGCCUGUGAGGAGGAUUACUGGGUGGGACGUCCCAGCUGCGCUGCAGUUCGAGAAGUUUAACAUGCCGGAUUCGAUCAGGAUAUUGGAUGGGAUUAUGGAGACGCUCAGCUAUUAAAACUAAGAUAGCUGCUCCUGGUUUUGCGCCCAUGGUGUAGCAUAGGACAUGUACAAUUAAUGGUGGACAGUACAGUACAGUAGCACGCACGUAUACCCUGGAUGAGGGCAAUAGCAACAUGUUUUU